AUGCGGGCGGCAGAAAAUACAAAGGAUAUUCUCAUCAUAUAUGAACAAGAAGCAGAAGAGUGGGCUCUGUAUUUAAAAUCUCUUUUUGGACACAUAGUGAACGAAGGAGGAAUCUUGCUCUACAAUCUAGAGACUUUGUCUUUCAAGCGCCGGGAGCUAUUCUCUUUAUCCUGUUAUAAAUGUAAACUCCUGAUACUGUCAUGUGGACUUCUUAACUGCCUGAAUCGAAAGAGAAGUUAUUUUCUGGAGCAAGUUCUGAAACCUUCAGAUAAUGUGGUGAUUCUUCUUUGUGGAGUGGAGAAUUCAGAGAUUCUUCAUGAGAUACUGACCUUAGAUGGAGGCAGCAAAGAGAUUUCCACUGAUCAGGAACCUGAGGAGUAUCUCUCUGUUGUUACUGGAAUUAUUCAAGCAGGUAAGCCACAGAAUGAAAAUCCUGGAGACUCCUUGUCUUACAUCUAUGAAACAGUUCUUGCAGACGAUCACCAGACUAGCUCUGACGUUAACUUGCCAGAUGUCAGGACAGCAUCAGAAAAAACAGACCUCAGUUUGAAAACAGAGUUACUUUCUGAAACGGUAGAAACUAACGAGCAGUCGAUAUUGGUGCUUCCAGGAAGAAUAUCAUGUGAGAACCCUGGUGAAAUAUUCAUUUUGUUGAAAGAUGAAAUAGAUGAUGAAACAGUAGAAAUUGAAUUCAUAGCAGAUAAUCAACGAAUUAGGACACAGCCAGCCUCCUGGAAUAACAAGGUCAAGUACAUGAAAGCCUUAGAUUUUCCUGCUGGCCCUGUAUAUGUAAAUGUCUACUGUGGGGGAGUCAUUAAGACCACAGCACAGAUUGAGUACUAUACUGCACUGGAGGAGAUUGAGCACAUUUUUAAGAAAGUGGCUGACCCAAUAUCUUUCACUUGUCAGGCUUUUAAAUUUUCUUCUGUCGAGAAGCUGGACAAUGUUCUGACUUUGCUAUUGAAAAGCAAAAUAUCUACUUAUGAAUUCAGCCCGUUCCGAAGUGAAGAAGAGCACCAUCAACAAACUAAUAGCCAUUUGGAAGAAUUUCCUACUCUCCUUCACUGUGCAGCCAGAUUUGGAUUAAAGAACCUUGCAACGUUUCUACUGGAUUGUCCUGAGGCCCCGUUGGCUUGCAGAAUAACUAACAAAUAUGGUGAUGAUCCAGCAAGCAUCGCUGAGAAGCACGGACACAGGGAGCUAAGAAAAUUAAUCAAAGAAUUAUCAAUUAAUACAGCAGAUAAUUUCACCACUUGCGAGGAAGCAGAAGACGAUGACACUUACGUGCUUAUGUCUGGCUCAGAAACUCAACCAGCCCCGACAUUAAAAGCCAAGCAGAACCCAGGAGAUCAAUAUGGAAUUGGAUCAAGAUUCCAUCAAGAAGCUGAGGUGAAAGAGGAAAAGAUAGAUGAUGUAGAAGACGGCAGAGAGGAGACAGAAGAUGAAGAUCAAGAAGAGGAAGAUUCGUACAGCUUUCACAACAGCCCUGACGAUGUGUAUGCCAGCAUACCUGAUGAUCUCGAAGAGGACAGAAGAAGCUGCUUCAUCUGUAAGAGGCCACCACCUCCUCCCCCUCGAAAUCUGCCCGGCAUCCUAAGACAGGACAAUCUGCACAAUUUAUCACAAGAGAGGAAUUUUGUGGAGGACAGAAGUGAAAGAGAACGUGGUGAUGGACUCAUAACAGCAUGCUAUAGAGAAGAGCAAGAUACCUGUGAGGAAGAAGAUGAGGAGGAACACCCGUAUACUUUUGCGAAGCUGGAUGAAUGUGUGUACGACUUAAUACUGGCUGAGAAGGAGGAGGGGAGAAGGAAAGAACGCAGGUCUUUUAUCAUCAACAGGCCACCAGCCCCUGCCCCUCGUCCUGUGUUUUCGCCGGUCAGAGAGGAGAACACCCCCUAUAUUGUACAAGUGUUUCAGCAAAAGGCCACUCGAGUGCCCAGCGACCACGACAGGACGUACUGCGAUGCCAGGAAGCUCGCACACAGAGGCCACCCUGACGCAGUGAGUGAUGGUGCUGUGAAACACAACAGCCGUGCUCAACAGGAAGAACUCAUCUACCUGCAGGAACAGGUGAAAAAGGGGGUGAUUUCUGUGGAUGACGCUCUUGACAGAUUUAAACAGUGGCAGAAUGAAAAACAGAGACUACAGCCCACUCAACAGGAAAAAGUGUACCACUUCAGAGACACCAAUAUCGGAAACAGACUGGAAAAGGAAAAUCAGAAUAUUCCUAAGGAAGGCAGACCAGACAGCAUCCAGUUCAGAGAUGUUUUGUUCCACACGCCAUAUAACAAAGCGGUACGUAUGGAUGUUAGCACUUCUCAGAUUUGUUUAAUGAAUUCUGUUUUUUACAUCUGUACACAGACUCUCCAUCUGUACCUUUAAAAACAUAGGCCUCCCUCUCAGAUUCCAUAUUUGAAAUCAGGAUUUGGAUAGUCUUUUUCAUAGACAGUUUUUGAGGACUUGAUUGAGGAUUUAAGAUCACAUCAGAAGCCUGCUAGAAAAGGAAUUUGAUUAUAUUUUAAUGAGAAAAGACAAUA